GUGCUGCUACUCCGCGACCAGGCCACGCUCUUCGUGUGCGGCUCCAACGCCUUCAACCCGGUGUGCGCCAACUACAGCACAGACACGCUGCGGCCGAUCGGGGACACCAUCAGCGGCAUGGCCCGCUGCCCCUACGACCCCAAGCACGCCAACGUCGCCCUGUUCUCAGACGGGAUGCUCUUCACAGCCACUGUCACCGACUUCCUAGCCAUCGACGCUGUCAUCUACCGCAGCCUCGGGGACCGGCCCACCCUGCGCACCGUGAAACACGACUCCAAGUGGUUCAAAGAGCCCUAUUUCGUCCACGCCGUGGAGUGGGGCAGCCAUGUCUAUUUCUUCUUCCGGGAGAUCGCCAUGGAGUUUAACUACUUGGAGAAGGUGGUGGUGUCCCGCGUGGGCCGCGUGUGCAAGAACGACGUGGGCGGCUCGCCCCGCGUGCUGGAGAAGCAGUGGACGUCCUUCCUGAAGGCCCGGCUCAACUGCUCCGUUCCCGGGGACUCCCACUUCUACUUCAACGUGCUGCAGGCCCUCACGGGCGUGGUCAGCCUGGGGGGCCGGCCCGUGGUCCUCGCUGUCUUCUCCACGCCCAGCAACAGCCUCAAGUUCCUGGUGCGCCCCAACGCCAGUGCCGCGGGGGCCGCUGGGCCCAGCGUCUUCCUGGAGGAGUUUGAGGCCUACCGGCCGGACAGGUGUGGAUGGCCUGGCGGUGAGACAGGGCCACGGAUGCUGAGUCUGGAGCUGGACGCGGCCUCCGGGGCCCUGCUGGCGGCUUUUCCUCGCUGCGUGGUCCGGGUGCCCGUGGCCCGCUGCCAGCAGUACUCGGGCUGCAUGAAGAGCUGCAUCGGCAGUCAGGACCCCUACUGCGGGUGGGCCCCUGACGGCACGUGCAUCUUCCUCAGCCCGGGCACCAG